AUGGAUCCUCAAGAACUUGCUAGCAUCAACAAGGUUGCCAAGUAUAUCAAGAACCACCCGAAAGCCAAGGUUGUAUUCCUGGUAGGCGCUGGAAUCUCCACUUCUUGCGGGAUUCCCGACUUUCGUUCGCCCAACACAGGGCUCUACCACAACUUAUCCAAGUUCAAGUUACCAUAUGCUGAGGCAGUAUUUGCGAUCGACUAUUUUCAGCGGGAUCCCAAACCCUUCUACACUCUGGCCCGCGAGAUGUACCCAGGGAAAUAUAUUCCAUCUCGCUUUCACUACCUCAUGAAACUAUUCGAGUCCAAAGGAUACCUGAAGGCUGUAUACACUCAGAACAUAGACACUUUGGAGCGCGAAGCAGGUAUUGCAGCGGACUAUAUCAUUGAAGCGCAUGGCUCUUUUGCAACUAACCACUGUAUCGAUUGUGACAAAACGUUUCCGACAGAGACUUUCAAGGCCAUGCUGGAAAGCGGCGAGUAUGCGCGUUGUGAGGACUGUGAAGGCUUGAUUAAGCCCAGGAUUGUAUUCUUCGGUGAAGAUCUUCCGUCCGUGUUUUAUACUUCUUGGGAUAAGUUACUGAGCGAAAUGCAAGCUGGAAAGGAAGACUAUCUGGUUAUAGUAGCCGGUACAUCACUCGUUGUAUAUCCUUUCGCAUCGCUCCCUUCAGAAACACCGCGGAAGGUCCAUCGUGUGCUGAUGAAUAUGGAAGUGGUGGGCGAUUUUAAAACCCCGAGGAAAACGGAUAUCAUUAUUCAUGGCGAAACAGAUCAUAUUGCGGAAGAACUGGCGCGAGCACUGGGCUGGUAUGAUGAACUAGUAGAUAUUUCAUCUGGACGCUCCUCCUCGGAAACAACUGUUGUUGAGAAGGAUACUGAGAAUCAGACAGAUAUUAAGAGCGCUAGUGCAAGUGUCAUAAAAUACAAGGAGGUAUCUUCGGUUAGCAAAGAGGAAAGUUCCAUAGAUAAGAUUGCCGAGAAGAUCCUUAAGUUGGAUCUCAGCAGGGAGAAUUCUGAUGAUUGA